UAAUCACUCAAGAAAACCAUACUUUGACAGAAGAGGAAGCUACUAUACAAUCAAAAAAAUGAGCAAGCACAUCAACUUCAGGCACCACAAGAUGGGUGGUCAGGAUGCAGAAGGGCUGAAGAACUUCUGGGAAAAGGUCAUCCAAGAGCAAACCAAGCAGCAAGAAGCCGAAGAGUCCAGGUUAAGCAAAAGUGCCCUGAACAAGCUCCGCCAGGAAUGGGCUCUGCGGCUGGAGAGGAGAGUGCGGCAGGUCCAGGCACAGACGAAAACACGGGGGGAACAAGGGACGCAGCUGUCCAUCGAGGCUCUGCCCUCACCAGACAAAACUGUUGCUUAA